AUGUUUUAUUUUUGCAACCAACCAUGCGCAGUGUAUCCACUCUACGCCCUUUUGCUUGCUGAACUCGACCUCCCCCACACUCUCCCUGGCACUCUUCUCUCUGCUUCCCCUCCUCCCUCUCUCUACCCUCUCUGUCUGCUGCCCAUCUCUCCUGUCUGCUGCACCUGUCCCUUCUCCCUUGUCCCUCAACUCUCUUCCCUACGUUGUCCCUUCCCCAUUGAAUUCUCACCCUCUGCCGCUUCUCCUCCCGCUCUCUGCCGCCCGCAGACGUCCAGCGCAGUGCUGCAGGAGAUCCGUGUCGCCAUCGCUGACGUGUACGACACGACGCGCGCGCUCUCCGAGCUGGCGGCGCUCGUGCCAGCUGGCGCGCAGCUAUUCGGCGUGGGGACCGGGGAGAGCCUGAUGCUGGCAGCAGCAGCAGCCAGGGCGGAGGAGGGAGGAGGAGGAGGAGGGGGAGAGGGAGAGAUGAUGGAGGUGCAGCAGAGGCUGGAGUGGGAGAGGGAGAGGAGGAGGAGGGAGGGAGUGAGUGUGGCAGACCUCCCUUCUGUGGAACAGCUGCUGACAGCAGGCCUUGCUGGGAUCGUGGGAGAGGGGGGAGGGAUGGGGGGAGGAGGGGAGGGGGAGGUGCAGGCGCGGGUGGCGGAGGUGGUGGGGAGGUGCCGCAAGGUGGAGGCGCUGUGGCGGGCGGAGAUGUCGGGGCUGCAGGAGGAGAUGGGGUUCUACCGCGGCUGCCAUGCUGCCCAGGCAUCGCAUGUGAAGCAGAUAGCGUCGGCAGCCAAGGACGCGCUGCAGACUGUGCUGGGAGACGCGCAUGAGAUUGUCUCUGCCGCCGCCACCUCCAUCCAAAAGCGGCGGUUGCAGAUUCUGCUGGCAGUGACCGACUUUGAGAGCGAGCCCACACCCGAAAUGAUGCAGCAGCUCGCAGUCAAGGUCAAGGAGGAGGCGGGCACGCUGAGGCGCUUUGCGGAGCUGCUGCCGCAGGCCUUCUCAGCCGAGGCCAAGGUGGCCGAGGUGCUUGACCCCCUGGAGCGCGAGUUCAAGGAGCGGAUGCAGGCCAAGGUGGCGGAGGUGUUUGACCCCCUGGAGUGCAAGUUCAAGGAGCGGAUGCAGGUGAGGAGAGGGGUGCAGUGCAGCAAGGAGGGAACAGGUUUGGUUGGUGGUGAUGUGACGAAGGCCCGACGGGUGAGGGGUGAGGAAAGGGGAGGGAAGGUGGAGUGA